AUGGACUCUCUUGUCUCGAAAUACAGCCGGCCGUCGUACGAGCAGAACGAGCCUCUUGACGACCAGGAUGAGCUGCUGAACUCUAUGGGAGAUCUCUCCAUCAAGUUUGCCAUGCCUCCCGUUGCCCAGCCCUCGUCAUGGCUCCGCGCUGCCACAGAUGACCGAUCCAACCCCAACUGCCCUAUCAAGAUCGCCCACGGAACCACCACUCUCGCCUUCCGCUUCCAGGGCGGUAUCAUCGUCGCGACCGACUCCCGAGCCACCGCCGGAAACUGGAUCGCCUCUCAAACCGUCAAGAAGGUUAUCGAGAUCAACAGCGUUCUGCUAGGAACCAUGGCUGGUGGUGCUGCAGACUGUCAGUACUGGCUUGCUUGGCUCGGCAUGCAGUGCCGCCUCCACGAGCUCCGACACAAGCGCCGCAUCAGCGUUGCCGCCGCUAGCAAGAUCCUCACCAACCUCGUCUACAGCUACAAGGGCAUGGGCCUCAGUAUGGGUACCAUGUGUGCCGGUGUUACCAAGGAGGAGGGUCCCGCUCUUUACUACGUCGACAGCGAUGGCACUCGCCUAGCAGGAAACCUCUUCUGUGUUGGAUCUGGUCAGACAUUCGCCUACGGUGUGCUCGACGCCGAGUACAAGUACGACCUGUCGGAUGAGGAGGCUCUUGAGCUUGGAAAGCGAAGUAUUCUGGCCGCCACUCACCGAGAUGCUUACUCUGGUGGUUACAUCAACCUGUACCACGUCAAGGAGGAGGGCUGGGUGAAGCACGGCUUUAACGACACCAACCCCAUCUUCUGGAAGACCAAACUGGACAAGGGCGAGUUCACCAACGUGACAAGCGAGUUGGUUUAG